CAACCUCGCGACUUCUUCUGGCCGUUGCGCCUGCUGUCUGACAUAUGAAUGCAGAUCAACAACCAUUAAUUUGAUGCAUCUGUUCAAGCGCAAAUCUACACAAGCAAAUAGCGCACAGAAGAGAAUGGCUCCUCCAACCAGAAAGAAGGUCGCCAUCGUGGGCAGUGGCUGCGCUGGCAUGGGAGCAGCGUGGGCACUGAGAGAUACUGACUAUGAGGUGCACAUCUUCGAAAAAGCCGACCGCCUUGGAGGUCAUACCAACACUCAGCCAUUCAAUUCUGGCAACAAGACUAUCGAUGUCGAUACUGGAUUCAUCGUCAUGAACACCGCCACUUACCCCAACUUCAUCCGAUUCCUCAACCAUAUUGGUGUCGAACCCGUCAACACUGAGAUGACGUUUGGUGUCUCCAGGAAUCGAGGCGAAUUCGAAUGGUCGGGCGAACCACAAGGUAUAUUUGCACAGCGACGCAACAUCUUCCGACCCCAACAUUGGCGGAUGAUAUUCGAUAUUGUUCGGUUCAAUCAGUUUGCUCUCGACAUCCUCGCUGACGACGACGAUGCAACGUGGCGACCAGGAUUCAUUCGCAGCAAGAGGAAGCAGGCAGCUGACAUGACAAUUGGAGAGUACUUGGAUCGUGAAGGCUAUUCGCAAGCAUUCCGCGACGACUACCUCAUCCCAAUGACUGCCGCAGUGUGGAGCACUUCGCCAGACAAGGCCAGCCUAGAGUUUCCUGCAAAGACGCUGAUUCGAUUCAUGUGGAAUCACCAUCUUCUCUCGACAUUAGCUGACCGGCCGCCAUGGCUGACGAUACCCGGAGGCUCGCGCCGAUAUAUCGAUGCAAUCCUUGAGCAGUUUCCGAAAGAUCGCUUGCAUUGUCACCUCUCCUGUGAAGUCGCCAACGUGCUGCGGCCAGCAGCCAAGCUCGAAGGCCUAGUAAGCGUCGCCUGGAUCAAUGCUCAGAAUGGAAAGAUCGAUCAAGGCAAUUUUGAUCACGUUAUCCUCGCUUGUCACGGCGAUGAGGUCCUUCCGUUGUUGGCCAAACAUGGUGCCUCGAAGACAGCUCCUUCAUCCAGUGCCUCAAGCACCUCAUCGAAAGCAAGCAGCUUCGUGCAGUCAUCUCGUGGUGUUCAGUACGUGUCCGAAGAAGAGUUUGAGAUCUUUUCGGCAUUUGAGACCACUGCCAAUGUGUGCUACCUACACUCGGACCUGGCACUGAUGCCAACACGCCGUGCUACUUGGACCGCCUGGAAUUACCUGGUCACCUCCAAGCCAUCGCAACUCUCCCAUCCAGCAGGUGUCAGUCUGACGUAUUGCAUGAACAUUCUCCAACACUUCCCAGAGGAGCAAUAUGGGCCGGUGCUCGUGACAAUGAACCCAGACGAGGAACCCAAGCCAGAAUUGACACAAGGAAAGUUCAACUACACACACCCACUCUACACAAUCGAGUCGGUCCGUGCUCAAGAGCGUCUUGAAAAGAUUCAGAAUACCAGAGGUGUAAGCUACUGUGGAGCGUGGACGAAAUACGGCUUUCAUGAGGACGGCUUCAGCAGUGGACUGCGCGUUGCCAUCGAGCAUCUUGGCGCGAAAUUGCCCUUCGAAUUUGUCGACUCAACAUACAGCCGCGGACACAAGCCAACUCUCAUCUGGAAGGACUAUCUGUUGAGGCUGUUCGUUCUGCUUCCGUUGCUGUUUGGGAUUCGGGUCUUGGAGAGGAUCAUGGCCCUACCGGUCAUCGCCUCAAUCGUUCAGCUUUUGGGCAUCUUCGGUGCUCGAUUGCUCAAUGUAGGUGAAUACAUUGGGUUACUGUGACGAUGCAUCGAGGAGAGGAGAACGAGCAGUGUUUUCUAUUGUAGAUCCUGGUUGCAUACAUUUGCACUGUUAUAGACAUAGACAUAGACGAUUGCAUGCGAAUUGAGCGACGC